AUGGUAACCACGCUAAUCAGUAAGCUUGAGCCUGGUCUUGGCAACCCAACUAUUCGUCUUCGUGUAUCAAGGUUCUGGGAAUUCCGCGACCAAAAUGAUGAAAAUAUUCUGUAUCAUCUUGGCCUGGUUCUGGUUGAUGGCACGGGGGCCAGCAUUGCAGCUCAGAUUAUGCCUCCAUUGGAUGAGCUCUUUGCCCCUGCAAUCACUGAAGGCAAAGUGGUGCUUACAUAUGCUCUGGAUGCAGGGAAUGUUUCUUUGUCAGGUAACUCUGCCUGCAAAUGCAUCCAAGGAAACUAUGAGCCAAUAAAAUAUACUGAUCUACCCGCCCCAUCUCAGGCUGCAAACAAUGCAGAACAGAAGACGGUCAUUGAGAUUAAAGACCUACACCCUUUUAAGUUCAAGAUGAAUAGGAUUCUUGGAGGUGCUAACAAUCACACCCUUGCCCUGUUACAAUCCCCAUCUGCAUCUCAAGCAUCUUCUCUCCCAGCUUCCAUGGCUCUAUCACCAACUCCAUCAGUUGGGCUUAGUGAUGCACAGACUGGACCAGCUAGCCCAUCCACUGCUAUAUCAAAACACAAAGACCUGGAAAUAGAGUCUGCUUCAAAGACCACUACAGAGGUUCAGGAUGAAGAGGAAAUAGAAGAUGAGGAUGUCGAUCACCUCAGCCUCACACAGAAAGCUCCUUCUUCUAGCACUAAACAAAGCACUUCUAAGAGCUACAAAAAAAGGCCUAGGCCAUCUCCUGGCACAGGUGCUGCGAAGAAGCUAUUCAAAGACAAUCCUGGCAACGAUGCUGGUGGCAGAGACAAGACAGGCUUUGGCUUAGACGUCGUGGAGAACAACGCCUUACUUCUAUUUCUCCCCAACUCAUAUUCCCCUCCUCCUCUUCCUGUGAGCAAGAACAAGUUCUACAGCCUUCUUCGUCUCCCUCUCCAGAAAAGAAUGGAAGCCCAGCAAGGUAGACGCCCUAACAGAACACAGCCAGAGCCAUCAUCCUAUGGAACUAAACGUCUGUUGUUAGCGACAAAGUUCUCAAGCCGUGAAGAGAUUUCACAGCUGCUUGCCGAUGUCAUUUACCAAGAUGCUGUAGUUGUCAAGGUGCUUGGGGCUGGCAAUCCGAACACAACCAAGGUAUCAGCUAUGGUAGGCUUCGUCUGUGACUGCCAAGUCGAUGAUUUUGCGUUACUGCCAUUCAGACAUAGAAUGUACAUCGUCAUAUUCAUGGACUCUGAUAAACAGUACGAAAGAUCUCAAAAGGCAUUUAGCCAGAAAAGCUUCACAUUCCAAACAACUCGGCUAGCAUUUGAACCUUUCAAGAUGAAUCUACAUAGUGUUCCAAACCCACUGCGUCAAAGAGUCAUACUUGCAUUGGAAGGAGUACCACCAGAAUCAUGGAACAAAUCAGCUAUGAAAGAAUUACUCGAUGGCAGUUGUAUGGUUGAGGAGCUAUAUGCAGAGCACCAUAUAGAAGAUCUUUCUGUUUUCAAAUUGGCUGCAUGGACAACAGAUUGCAAUCUUAUCCCCAAGCUAAUGGAUUGGAAUAUUGAGGCAGUUGAGAAGGAUCAGCAAUCAUCGGAGUAUGCUUGGAAACACAAUGCAGAUUUAUCAACCAUAUUAAUUCACAUUGAGAAACACUUUGACUACACUGAUGAAGACAGUGAAAGUGAGACCGAUGGAGAGAUUCUAAAACAAUAUGAGAGAAACAACCCUCGCUUGCCAAUUGUAAAGACAUUCCAGUGGGUAUCUCGCCAGAUAGACACUGAUACUGGACCUCUUGAGGGUGGAUCGCCAGCAAUGCCACCACGUCGUCUGCCUACUGAGCUUGGUAGGCACCACUAAUCUAAUCAACCUGCAUAACAACAAGGUUCCUUUUAUAUAUCCUGAUAGGAACCAGAAAAAAUGACUACUUAUCUAACUAGCUGCUUCUCCUGCUCCUGCGCGACUAUAUUUUGCAGCAAUAUCAAAGAACAGUGUGGUUUUGUUAUUCCUAAUAUGUAAUUCAAUCAGGUGGACCAUAUAGGCUACCUUUUCGUCUAUUUUAUCAGUACAAUCUCUUUCGCUUUUAAGUGCUACUGGAUGUUCGGUUCAAAUUAUGCAAAGUUCACACUCCUCUUCAGACGGUGAGGCACCGCAACGCGCGCCCCAAGUCCUAGUAGUGAUAAUAUUCAGUCCACUUUGGAUUCCAUGGUACCUUCUACUAAUAGUAUUUCUAAUGGUAAGAAGGGUAAAAAAAAGAAGAAUAAUAAAAAAAUUAAUUUUAAAUGAAAGGAAUCUUUUGGAAUUGUGAUGGGUUCAAGGACCCGAAAAAACAUAAGUUUGUUUCUGAUUUAACCAAAGAACAUCAACUUGAUUUUAUUGCUUUAUCUGAGACUGUUAACAAAGAAUUUUCUAUAGCUGCUCUUAAUAAUCUUUGUGCUGGUAAAGAUUUUUUGUGGCAUUGUAAACCUCCUAGAGGCAGAUCUGGUGGUCUUCUAUUGGGUAUUAAUUUAUUAAAUUCUGACAUUGGUUUGAUUGAUGAGGGGGAUAUUUAUAUUAAGUUUCAUUUGCGAAAUAAAGCUGAUAAUUUUAAGUGGGCCUUAGUGUUGGUGUAUGGACCUGCACAAAAUGAGUUUAAGGAACAAUUCCUUGCAGAAUUAGUUAACAUGUGCAGUCAUGAGACCUUACCAAUUCUUAUUGGUGGUGAUUUUAACAUUAUUCGUAGUCCUAAUGAAAAAAAUAAUAAUAAUUAUGAUGAUAGAUGGCCCUUCUUGUUUAAUGCUAUUAUUGAUGGGUUGUGCCUUAGGGAGAUACAAAUGACUGGUAGGAAUUUUACUUGGGCAAAUAAUCUGGCACACCCAACCUAUGAGAAACUGGAUAGAGUUUUAGUGUCGACGGAAUGGGAGCAAAAAUACCCUUUAUCCUCUGUUGUUGCUCUCAAUAGAGAUAUUUCAGACCAUACUCCUUUGCUCCUAAAUACAAAAUCUUCCUCUUUUAGUAACGAUCAACAUAGUUGAACUUAGUUGGCUGUUACGUGAUGGAUUUGUUGAUAUGGUAAAAGAAGUUUGGUCUGGGGUUGAUGAGGGCAAUACUCCUAUGGAGCGUUGGCAAGCGAAAAUUCACCGCCUAAGACAACAUCUUAGGGGAUGGGCUAAACAUACCAGCGGUUUAUACAAAAAAGAGAAAAAGCAGAUAUUAGAUAAGUUAGAGGCGCUGGAUAAAAAGGCAGAGACUGUUCUCCGGUCUCAAGAGGAAGUUGAUAUUAGAUGGUUUUUCAGGAGUAGGUUAUCUGUCAUUCUAAGGGAAGAAGAAAUUAAAUGGUAUCAGCGGGCUAAGACUAAGGAUAUUUCGGAGGGUGACUCUAAUACAAAGUAUUUUCAUUUAGUGGCAAAUGGAAAACAUAGGAAAACUAGAAUUUAUCAACUACAGGAGGGUGAUCAUUUAAU